AUGGCCCUCUGGCCGUUCCGCAGGAAGACGGUGCGUUCUUCAUCGCGGACCUCUCCUCUCGAUGAUGCCGACACCUCUCCCACGCGUAACCAAAUGCCUUCAACUCGUCGCACUGCCAGCCGCAACAAUCACACCAGUACCGCUGUCCCGCGAGCCAGCGCCAGAAAAAAGCAACGGCCUGAGCCCAACAAGCUCCAGAGACGACCCCGAACCUACAGCUUCUCACCCAAUCGCCACGAAACUAUUCGAGUCGAUCCCAGAGGCAGAUCCAAGCAGCCGCAACAUCUUCAAGCCGAUAGCGUCUGGGGCCGUGCCCCGACUUUGUAUUUAAAACGCGAUCCCCAACAUCCACCCAUCACGAGACGCAAAAGUAGCAAGCGCCGGCAUGAAGACCAUGAGCGGGAGGCAGAAAUCAAGGCCAUGAGCCACUACAUGCCCAGAGUGCCUGCCCAUGGUAGCGGCAAGCACAGCAGCAAGAGAAGCAAGACUAACCAACCUUCCGACCAAACUAGCAAGAGGACAUCAGAGCUCUCGCUACCUUUACCAGACUCGAUGCAAUCGAGCUUGUCUGGAGACUCUGACAUGACUUCGUAUAAGGUGUCCAUCUUCGACUCCCUCGCGCCCCGACCUACCCUUCGUUAUGGCACUGGCAUAAAGCGCACACCAUCGCGCGCUUCCGCGUCUGCGCACCCUGCAUCGCCCAAGGGAUUACUUUCCGAGAACAACACCAUAUCCGAGGAAGUGAUGCAUCCGCGCAAGCGCAUCGAUGACUUGGCUGAUGAUCUAGACGCCAAGGCUCUCCGCGAGCUGAUGCAUAGAGACACCAAGAGACGUCAGCGCGACCGUACUCGAGAGCAAGCCAGGGCCGAGAAAAAGAUUGCCGACGCAGCCCAACGCCACAGGCAAGAAGCAGACGCUGCAAGGAAGUCGGGGUCGCCUUCUCCCUCCAACAUGGAGCGUGGUGUCAUGGGCCGCGAACUUGUCGGGUUGGGUCUGGACCCUCCUUCCACGGUUGUCACUUCCUCCCGCCAGCGCACCCCGCAAUCAAUCGAGCCUGCUGCGACUAAUGAGUCGCAGGCUCCCCUUGACGUUUUUCAUCCAGUCAACACUCGCCCAACCGAAGACGCCGAGCAGGACAUAGACCUGUCAUCAGGCCAUCCCGUGACUCAAUCAGUCGAACAGGAAGAUUCCGUUUCAACGACGGCGCCAGCUUCUCGCCUGUCGGGUUUGUUGAAAUCUAAAAAGUCACGUUCAAAAUCCACUCUCGGUUCCGACAAGGACAAGCUCGCUGUUCCCGUUGACGACGAUCAUGCGCGGAAGGGUUCUGAAGCGAGCACGGGCAGAAAUGCUCGCCUGUCUAUAUCCUCUUUACUCAAAUGGAACAGCAGAAAUCGACGCGGCUCUGGUCCUUCGUCAUUCUCCAACACGUCUAGAGAGGAGAUGCAGGCAGUAGCAACAGCCCAAGCCCAAGCAGAAGCCCUUGCCAAACUCCAGGGCGACGAUCACCGUAGCGGCUCUGCGGAUAACCUGCGCAGCGGCAGUUCUCUGUCUGGCAACUACGUUGCUGGCAAGACCGGCGCUGCCCCCAAACGCACGCGUUCACGAUUUCGUGAGGAUCUCGACGAUUUCCCAACUCCACCCGACUCGCGCGUGCAGUCGCCGGAUAUCGAGCCCCCCAUGCCCCCCAUUACCGACACAAAGUAUAACCACGGGACCGAACCUAUCGCCAUACCCGGCCGUGAACUGCCAACUACAUUUGGUCAGCGCUCUAUCGAGCAGCUUCGUGAGAGGGCACUGACUGAAGGCUCUGGAAGCUACACUGUACCCUCGCCAGAUCAACAUCUUUCCAUGUCACUCGCUUCCAUCGAUUCCGAGGGCUCCUGGUUGUCAGGUGGCGCCGGCAUUCGUCGGUCCGGCGCUAUCCGGGACAGUCUUCUACGCGCCAAUCGCCAAGCACAGCGCAGUAGCUCACCGGCCCCGAGUCUCGACGAGGAUCUGGGUAUCACCGAGGAUGACUACAUGACACGCCUCGCCCCCCAAUACCAAUCUCAUGGAGUUCAUGUCAGGCGUUCGGAAGAAGGUCGCCCUAGCAGUGAUGAGGACGACAGUGACUUGAAGUGGGGUGCAGUCGGUGCCCGCCCACAGGUUGUCCAUCGCGUCAACCGUGGGACGGUGCACAGCCAGCAGGCCUUGGUCAACAUUGAUUCCGCAGACGAGGAAAGCAUUAUUGAGGCCUCCACGUAG